UCUCUCUCUCUCUCUCUUGAUCUUGAACCAUGGAAAGAGAUGAUCAUGAGCAUGCUUCACAUGCAGGAGCACAUGAUGAUCAUCAGGCUGAUCCUAUGAACAACAGCAACAACAUGAAUCCAUUUAUGUUGGAUUAUACAACAACGUUACCGUUGAUUGAUAAUCCAUUCCAUUCAUCUUCAUCUGAUCCGCUGCUUUUACCUCAACCAUGCUUGCCGUUAAUGCCUCAUAAUUAUGUGGAUAAUAAUAGUAUUAACUUGGAGAGCAGCAAUGUAGACUGGGUUAGCCUUCUUUCUGGUUUCAUGAACAAUGGUGAGGGAUCUGCAAUGGGAGAUCAUGAAAGCAGCAGCAGCAGAAGGCAUAAUGGUAUGAAUGGUAAAGGCAUGAAAAGUAGGGGUAAAAAAGUAACUCCAUCUAGGGUUGCAUUUCAUACAAGAAGUAGUGAGGAUAUCCUUGAUGAUGGUUACAAAUGGAGAAAAUAUGGCCAAAAAUCUGUCAAAAAUAGCCAUCAUCCAAGGAGUUAUUACAGGUGUACUCAUCAUACAUGCAAUGUGAAGAAGCAAAUUCAGAGGCUCUCAAAAGACAAUACGAUUGUGGUGACAACCUACGAAGGAAUUCAUAACCAUCCAUGCGAGAAGCUCAUGGAAACCUUGACUCCACUUCUUAAGCAACUCCAGUUUCUCUCCAGAUUCUAAACCAACCACUUACACUUUUACUUACUUAAUCUGUACAUUCAUUUCAAU